AUGCCUGGCAGAUCGACUACAGAGGCCAUUCAUCUCGUGAGGAGGUUAAUGGAAGAGUAUAGGGCUAGGAAGAAGGACCUUCAUAUGGUGUUUAUUGACCUUGAGAAGGCGUAUGAUAGGGUGCCAAGGGAGGUCUUAUGGAGGUGCCUUGAGGCGAGAGGAGUGCCCAUCGUGUACACUCGCGUGAUCAAGGAUAUGUACGAUGGGGCUAUGACCAAGGUAAGGACUUCCGGGGGCGUCUCAGAUUCCUUCUCGGUAGGGAUGGGGUUGCACCAAGGGUCUGCUCUUAGCCCUUUUUUGUUCGCCUUGGUGAUGGAUGUCCUAACUCAAGGUGUUCAAGACGGGGUCCCAUGGUGCAUGCUUUUCGCGGAUGAUAUUGUGCUUAUCGACGACACACGUGAGGGACUAAACGAUAAGUUGGAAUCAUGGCGCCUUGCCCUUGAGACUAAAGGAUUCAGAAUAAGUAGGAACAAGACUGAAUACAUGGAAUGUCGUUUCAGUGGCCGGGAUACAGAAUCAGAGGUGGAAGUCAAGAUUGACUCUCACCUAGUACCUAAGGUUGGAGUGGCUUGGGCCAAAUGGCGGUUAGCUUCAGGGGUGUUGUGUGAUCCGAAGAUUUCGCCUAGAAUGAAAGGUAAGUUCUAUCGAUCCGUAGUCAGACCUGCUAUGUUAUAUGGGGCAGAGUGUUGGGCGGUUAAGAAGACUCAUGUGCGUCGUCUGCAUGCGGCGGAGAUGCGGAUGUUACGAUGGAUGUGCGGGAAGACUAGGUUGGAUAGAAUUUCGAAUGAGGUUAUCCGACGUCAAGUAGGUAUGGCACCGGUGGAAGACAAGUUGCGGGAAGCGAGGUUGAGGUGGCUUGGCCAUGUGAGACGGCGGGAUGCUGACGCCCCUGUACGGAGAUGCGAGAGGAUUAC